GUCAUUCAGAAUUUUAAGUUGACAGAUUACUAGAAGACUCUGAAGACUCAUACCUGUGUAAACAACGAACUUGCAAUGUCGUCCGAAAGCCUCCUUCAUCGAGUAGGAAUAUUCCUUUGCUUUCUCCAUUUUGGUCAUGCAUUGAGAUGUUACGCCAGUAUGUGUAGAAAUACAACUAUUCCGGGAGUUAUUGAAACCCAUGAUUGUUUCCCCAAUCAUACGGAAGUCACGUGUCCUCCUGUACCUGGACUGAAUAUACCUGCUGACCGGUGUAUGACCAUGAGGAUGAACAUGAGAAUGRCCAAUCCAGCUGGCCCRGGUUUUGCUGAAAUUUGGACYGAGACCCGGAACUGUACCUCAUCCGUGAUGUGUUCCACUGUWUUCCGCGAUUUGACAUGUAAUGCAGUCAACAAAUCRUUAAACUCUACAGGUCAUAUUACAAGUUGUGAAAUGGGUUGCUGUGAAGGAGAUCUCUGUAAUAGUGGUGGACCAUUACCCACAUUGCCUCCUGCACCCACCGGGCCAUCAGGUUCUGACCUAUCCUGCUACGCAUGUUCAAACCUACCAAAUAUUCCCGGGUUGGUAACAGCGCAGGGAUCCUGCUCCAAUCCAUCAAAACAAACAUGUGGUGACGAUAUGAUUCCAGGAAUGAAGCAAAACCAAUGYAUUCGUUUAUCACUCAAACUGGGGGGUAUAUCAUACGAAUUACGAAACUGUUCUGGUUUCGCGUAUUGCAAUCCAGCGGCCCUCUGUGGAAGUCUGCAAUCACUUGGUCCAGUUAGUGACUGCAAUGUUUCCUGCUGCUCUGGAAGUUUUUGCAAUCAUGAUGCUGCACCGACRACAUCUGUCCCUUCUACGGUAACUACCAUGACGAGUACUACUGAUAGCAUCAAGGUGACGGCUGYAUCUGGCAUCCCCAAAGCGAAUGGGCUGAUGCUCCUUCUAGUUGUACUGGUGGGGUCACUGAUUGCAAAGCAUAGUGGUCAAAUCAGUCAGUAUUGAUAAGUCUUCAAUGUCUAUCAAACACCAUCACCCGCCCUAUGUAGUAUAUACAGCCCACAGUAGAGUUAAAUUGAAACAGUCAAAAUGUUUGUUUUGGUACCCUUUCACUACAUACCACUGGAUCACCAUAACAUGCAAGAAAUCACGAGACCAAGGGAGGAUAGGAUGCUUGUUGGCCAUGGUAGACGGCACUACGUCACAUACAAACAAUAUCUUGCAUGCUUCUGCAACUACAGGUUUUCCAGUCACUGAUCUAGGCAAACGCUAUAGGUGUAUAUGUUUAAAACUAGUAAGCCUUUUCUGACAUUAGAACAUUAUGCAUAUAUUGUUUCUUUCACGAAUUGCAAUAAAAURCACCGAAGCUUCA